CUUGUGGACAAAACGUAUAUUUAUUUUGAUUUCUCUAACCCCCGAGUUUUGUUUGAUCUUUUUUGUAGGUGAAAGUCUUGGUCUUCCUGGACUUUAUAGUUUUCUCUCUCUGUAAGCUCAUCAUCACUUUGCUUCCCCAUAACCCUUGUUGUUCUCUACAGUGACUAAUUCACCCAUGGCCAUUGGAGAGAUCUUUUUGGGUUCCUUCUUUCAGGUCUUGUUCGACAAGUUGACUUCUCUGACAUUGGACUAUGCGCAGCGAGAAGGAAUCAGCAAAGCCCUUGAUGAGUGGAAGGGGAUGCUGGAAACAAUCAAUGCCGUGCUAGAUGGUGCACAGGACAAGCAACUGAGUGGUGACCGUCUAGUGAAGCAGUGGCUGGACGAUGUUAGGGACUUGGCCUAUGACAUGGAAGACUUGCUUGAUGAGUUCGAUAUCGAAGCCACUAAGGCCAAGUCGGAGGCAGAAUCCAGCACAAGCAGAGGUCAGUUGAAAAGGAAGUUCUCUUUCUUUAACCAAUCACGCUCGCACGUGUCUGAGACCAAGGUACAAGAGAUUAAUGGCAGGUUGGAAAAGAUUCUCACCAUGAAGGCUCAUCUAAGCUUGAGAGAGAAUGCUGUGGACAGAUCCAACUACACCAACAAAAGGCUCCCCAGCACUUCUUUGCCAGAGCUUCAGUUUUUCGGUAGGGAGGAGGAAGAGGCACAGGUACUUGAACUAUUGAUAAGUGAUGUCCAAAAUUCUGAUGCUACUCUGAGCAUAAUUCCCAUAGUUGGGAUGGGUGGUGUUGGAAAGACAGCCUUGGCUCAACGGCUGUAUAAUGAUCCUAGAGUGAACAGCUAUUUCGAGAGGAGAGCAUGGGUCUGCGUUUCGGAUGUUUUUGAUGUUCUCGACAUAACGAAGACUAUUUUGCAGUUGAUCAGCAAAUCGCCCUGCGAGGGCAAAGAUCUUAACUGGCUUCAAGUUAAGUUGAAAGAUGAUUUGUCUGGGAAGAAGUUUCUUAUGGUUUUAGACGAUGUAUGGAAUGAGAAGUAUGGUGAAUGGACAUCCCUCUUAAAGCCGUUUGAAGUUGGGGCCAAGGGAAGCAAGAUCAUCAUCACGACGCGCAACCGUUCUGUUGUUUCCAUAACAGGAGCUUCGCCAUAUCCUUUGAAGGAGUUGUCCAUUAAUAGCUGUACUAGCUUAUUAUCCUAUCAUGCUCUGGGAGCAAGAAAUUUUGAGAGGCACCCAGGUCUUGAAACAAUUGGCAAGAAAAUGGCUGAAAAAUGUAGAGGUUUACCUUUGGCAGUGAAGAUAUUGGGCGGUCUCCUACGUAAUAAAGAGAAUCCCAACGAAUGGGAAGCUAUUUUAAAAAAUAGAAUUUGGGAUGUAGCCACGGGAGAAAAUGAUGAGGUUCUUCCAGCUUUGAAAUUGAGCUAUGUGCAUCUUCCUUCUUAUCUGAAGAGAUGUUUUGCAUAUUGCGCAGUAUUUCCAAAGGACUACGAAUUUGAGAGGGACGAUGUUGUACUCUUAUGGAUAGCAGAGGGCUUUUUAGAUGGACGGAAAGCAAAAGAGAAUAUCUUGAAAUUAGGAUGCAAUUACUUCGAUGAGUUAGUAUCCAGAUCCUUUUUUCAACAAUCCAGUGUUGACACAUCCAAGUUUUCGAUGCACGAUCUUUUGAAUGACCUGGCAAAGUCAAUUGCGGAUGUGACAUGCUUUACCUCUAGCGAGUCUCAGCUAGUGGGUGAUGAAGAUAAUGCCUCUCUUGAAGAGAAAGCUCGCUAUGCAUCAUUCAUCUCAUCGGGGUAUGUUACAUCAAGAAGCUUGAGAGCAUUUGCUGGAAUGAAGGCACUAAGAAGUUUAAUGCUGCUGAUUGCUCAAUUUGAUCAUGUCGGAAAAAAAAUCUAUAUUUCCAAAAAGGUGCUGCAUGAGUUGCUAACAAACUCGAAGUACUUGCGGGUGUUAUCAUUAUGUCAUUGUGACAUCAUAGAGGUACCGGAUUGUGUUGGUGAUUUAAAACAUCUCCGAUAUCUUAAUCUCUCAUACACUAGCAUCAUAAGGCUACCCGAGUCAAUUUGCGCCAUGUGCAAAUUACAAGCUUUGAUCUUAAAAGGUUGUUUGCGCCUUUCUAUGUUGCCUCAAGAUAUCACAAAUUUGGUCAGCUUACAGUUUCUUGACAUUAGAGAUACAGAGAGUCUAAAAGAGAUGCCGUUGAGUAUUGGUAAUUUGAAGAAUCUUAUUAUCUUGUCCAAGUUCGUGGUAGCACCAGAGAAAGGGUCACAGUUAAAGGAGUUAAAGAACUUGCCGCAUCUUCAGGGAGGAUUAAUCGUAUCUGAAUUGCAAAAGGUGGAAGAAGUUAGAGAUGCUAAUUUGUUGGGAAAGGAGGGCCUCAGCAACUUAAUCUUGCUUUGGGAUAAAGAUUUUGGAAAUCUCCGAAAUGAUGAGCAUGAAGAACAGGUGCUUCGUGCUCUACGACCUCACACUAAUCUUGAAAAUCUCACUAUCUCGUACUACGGUGGUGGACUAUUCCCGUCAUGGUUAGGUUAUCCAUGUUACUCUAAGAUAGUGUCUUUGUGCUUGCGUGACUGUCCUAAUGUUAAAUCACUGCCAUCACUUGGACAGCUACCUUCACUUAGAGAAUUAUCUCUUGAAGGUUUAAAUACAGUAAGCAUGAUAGGCUCUGAAUUUUACGGAAUUGAACGCCCUUUUCCAUCCUUAACAAUUUUGAAGUUUGAUCGGAUGUCGGCAUGGAAAGAUUGGUCUCGUUAUACCAGAGGCCAAGAAAACGAAGUACCAUUCUCCUGUCUUCGGCAUCUUGUUGUCCAGAGCUGUCCUGAGUUGACAGGGACAUUGCCUUAUCAACUUGAUCAUCUGUUAGAGCUCAAAAUUCGUCAUUGCCAGCGUUUGAAUGACUCAACAGGUGUGGUUUGUCUUCCAUCUCUCCAUAAGUUAUAUUUUGAGGAUUGCAACAGGGAGAUCUUAAAGAGUUUCGUCAACCUAUCUUCUCUAACCAUAUUAAAAAUUGAAAAUCUUGCGGAGCUUGUUUGCUUUGAUCCAAGGUUUAUGAGCUGCAUGCAUAAGUUGAAGGAGCUCGAUAUAGGAGGCUGUGGCAAGCUAACCUACCUGUGGCAAGAUGGAAAUGAAAUGCGAAAACUUACUUGCCUCGAGAGUGUAGUCAUCAAAAAUUGUCCACGAUUCACAUCAUUUGUGGCGGAAGAAGGAGAGAUAGAGCUAUUGUGCAACCUUGAAAGGAUGGAAUUGACAAAUUGCACGAGUUUGGAAAGGCUUCCAAGCAAGAUGCAUGCACUUAGACGUUUGACCAUUUCGAAUUGUCCAAAAAUCAUGGGACUAACCAUUCCUCAAGAUGACCCCGAUAGCAAUAACACGAUGUCACAAUUUGAAUAUCUGCAGAGUAGUCAUCAAGACUCUCGGAUAUCAUUUUCGUUUGCCAAGGGUAGACUUGCUGCUUUGAGGGAACUUUGUCUUCAGGAGUACGAGGGACUGGAGUCGCUGGAAGAGAUCACCGAAGUAGAAUCGCUGAAAUUUUUGGUUAUUUCCGACUGUAAGAAUCUGAGAAGCUUACCUCAGUGUCUUCACACGCUCGCCCAUCUCACUCAUUUGAAAAUAAGUAGCUGUCCAGAAUUGGAGGUGGAGGACUUCCCUCCCCUUCCCACGUCCCUAUCGACACUUGAUCUUUUUAUGUGCCCGAAGAUAAAGUCCCUACCAAAUGAGUGGCAUCGUCUUACUUCCCUCCGGGAACUACAGAUUACGUGGUGUGAAAAUAUCGAACGCUUCCCCAGAGGAGGCUUGCCUCCCAAUUUGCGGUCCUUUGAAAUUAGGGACUGCGAGAACCUGAAGCAGCCAAUGAGAGAAUGGGGCCUACACAUGCUCACUUCCCUCGAGAUACUGAUAAUUGACGGAUGGAGCAUGGGAGGGGACGGAGAGAAGGUGCGGUUUCCUUCGGAGGAGAACGAGGAGGAGGAGGAUGCGUGGAGUCUUCUCUUCCCUUCCUCUCUAGCCCUUCUUGCAAUUAGAGAGAUGAAGAACGUGGAAAGACUGUCGAGCGGUCUUCGCAACCGUCUCUCCUCUCUCCGACUGUUAUGGAUCCAAGAAUGCCCGAAGUUGAGGUACUUGCCAGAGGAUGGCCUCCCUCCCUCCCUCCAACGAUUGGAGAUAUAUCGAUGCGAGAUUCUGAAAGACCGAUGCUCAAACCUCGGUGGCGACUAUUGGCCCCUCAUCCAAGACAUCCCGAGCAUCAACAUUGAUAACCAUCAGAUCUGGUGAAUUGAUUCGGCCAUGUACAGUGGGUUUCCUAGGGUUCGGGUGAGUUUUAUGGUUUUUGGAGGCAUCGAUUUCCAUUUCUGCUUCCUCGAUUCGAUGCUUAAUACCAAAUGAUACUUUCCCGUGGAGAUGUCUCAC